AGUCAGAGCAGGAGGAGGAAAACCAGGUGAGUGUGAGUCCAACCUUCUGCUUCUUCUACUGUCAGAGUCUCUGAGCGUCUCUGUGGACUGAAACCUUUUUUACAGCAAAUACUUCAGCAGGAUGCAGGUAUAACAGCAUUACUGACUGAAGAUGAGUGGUUUGGAGGAAGAGGAGGGCAGAGCAGAGUCUCCAGGAUCCAGCUGUCUGUCUAUGAAGAGUGAUUGGUCCAAAGAGUUUCCUCCAUUCUUCAGUAAUGAAGCGUCAGACACAAAAGGUCAGCAGCACAGACACACAGCAGAGUCUUCAGUAUCCAGCUGUCUGUCUAUGAAGAGUGAUGAGUCCAAAGGUCUUCCUCCACUCUUCAGUAAUGAACCUGGACCCCAGUGUGGAGAAAGAUCCAGAACCAGAGCUGGACUGCAGACAGCCAGUCAGAGCAGCUGUGUACAAAAUCCUGGUCUGCAGGAGGUUUUAGAGGAACAUAAGAUCAGUCUGAGGAGGAGAUGUGAACAUGUGACUGAAGGAAGUGAUGAAACAGGAAGUAGAACCCUCCUGAACAGGAUCUACACUGAGCUCUACAUCACAGAGGGACAGAGUGAAGAGGUUCAUACCCAACAUGAGGUGAGGCAGCUGGAGACAGCCUCCAAGAAGAAGACCCUCCAUGACACUCCAAUCAGGUGCCACGACAUCUUUAAAGCCUUCCCUGACCAACAGGGACCCAUCAGAGUGGUUCUGACCAACGGCGUCGCUGGUGUUGGAAAAACCUUCUCAGUGCAGAAGUUCACUCUGGACUGGGCAGAGGGCUUGGAGAACCAACAUGUCAGUGUGGUGAUUCUGCUUUCAUUCAGGGAGCUGAACCUGAUCCCAGAUCAGCAGUACAGUCUUCUGGAGCUGCUCCAUGAUUUCCAUCCAACAUUACAGAAGGUCCCAGCAGAGAAGCUCGCUGUCUGGAAGCUUCUGUUCAUCUUUGACGGCCUGGAUGAAAGCAGACUUUCACUGGAUUUCACCAACAGGAAGCUCGUGUCUGAUGUCACACAGAAGUCAUCAGUCAAUGUGCUGCUGACAAACCUCAUCGAGGGGAAUCUGCUUCCCUCGGCUCUCAUCUGGAUAACUUCCCGACCUGCAGCAGCCAAUCAGAUCCCUCCUAAUCAUGUCCACAGGUUCACAGAAGUACAAGGCUUCACUGAUGCCCAGAAGGAGGAGUACUUCAGGAGGAGAUUCAGUGAUGAAGAACUGUCCAGCAGAAUCAUCUCCCACAUGAAGACAUCCAGGAGCCUCCACAUCAUGUGUAGAAUCCCAGUCUUCUGCUGGAUCACUGCUACAGUUCUGGAGCACAUGUUGACUACAGAGCAGAGAGGAGAGCUGCCCAAGACCCUGACUGACAUGUACUCACACUUCCUGCCUGGUUCAGACAAAGAGGAAGAGGAACAAGUACCAUGA